AUGCAAUCAGCACAUCAAACUCACAGUGAAUACUUAUUUUCAGACACUUUAGAAGGAGAUCAUCGAGCCUCAUUGGCAAAUAAUUAUCAUGCCACUCAAAGUUAACAAGAUGAGCAUUCAAAUAGUGCAGAGACAUUCAAUUAAAUCAAUAGGGAACACAGUGUCUUCACAGGUGCUCAAUUGCCCGCUGAUAUUUAGACUCCAUGUGAUAGCAUUGAUGAAGAUGACGAAGAUUAGGAUAUUGAACUCUACAACUCUAUCUUUAAUUCUCAUUUGCUCUUCAAGUAGUCUUUUGAGCUUGAAAUGCAUUAAUAUAAACUAGCUUUGCAUAACUCUAUAGCAGAUAUUCUCACCAGACUACCUAAAGAAAUACGACAAAUGUCCGCUGAAAAUUUUCUUAUCCAGAGUAGUGAGAACAAUGACUUUGACAACUAGUUUAACUUAUCAUUUAGGGUGGUUGACAAUUCUUCACUUGACUUACUUAAGAGCGUUUCACAGCUGUUUCAAGCUAAGAAUAUCAUUCAAAUACAAUAAUAGAAUCAGUAUCCAUGUGAUCACAAUGAAAACAAAAUCAUUUAGUAAACUAAGUCUUAAACACCUUUUGAGCCUCAUAAUAAUAAUUAAAAUCAAUAAGUCACAAAUGAGACUCUAUAAUAUGAUGCCUCACCAGAUCAAGAUCCAAUAGGAGAUGAAAACUCACAAAAUACUGUUUGUCAGUUUCAAACAGUUAGUCAGAUAACAAUUAACCAGAAAUAACCUGAUUUUCUUAUGAAUAAUGAUGAAGAAGAAGAGCAGGAGCAGGAGCAGUUUAUACAUUAAAAUGAGAAUAGCUAAUAAAGAUAAAUGAGAGAUCAAGAAAUACAAUGCAGAUUUAGCAUGAGAAUAAGUACUUCAUCUAUCAAUAGAAAUCGUGAUUCUAUGAAGAGGGAAAGCAGAUUCAAAGAAUAAAAUAUAUAAAUGGAAUAAGUCUAGGGAAUCCAAGUUCUUUCAACUUAAAAUAGUAAAAAAUCAAUAAGUCAUUAAGCCUUAUAAAUUAUAGGAGCUUAAAAACCUGAGAACAAAGAAAUGAAGGAUGAUUCUUAAUAAAAUGAGACUUUAUUUAAUUAAUAAGCUGAGAUUUCAAGGAAAAAUAGCAUUAGUAUCACAAAGGAAAAAGAUUCUAAGAGAUCAAUAUCAAUUCAACCUUCAAGCAAAUCAAAACAAAAGUAACAAUUAAUUGAGGACUUACAGGAAGCAGGAAUUUAUGAUAAUGAUAACUCCAUUAAUUAAAUUAUUGAUCCAGACAGUAAAAAGGCUCAGAGAGAGUUAGAUUAAUCAGUUAACUAAGAAAAUUUGAAGCCAAAGAAAAAGUCAAAUAGAAAAAAAGUGGCAAGAAGAGCAUAAACCAAGAAGCCAGCUCUAAAGAAAAAAGAUGUAGAGUUUUAGUCAGUAAAGAAAGUAAAUACCAGAGCUAAAAACAGAAAUUAGCAGAAUAAUUAAGAUUACUUAAAUGACUCUCAUGUACUUACUAGAUCUUAGUAUCGUGAAUCACUAAGUUCUUCAAGAUAAAACUCAGCAAUUAAAGUUACUAAGAUAGGAAUGAGAGAUAUAGAUAUGAUUGAUGAAUCAUAAAAAGAGGUAAAAAGUAGUGGAUAGAAAAAAAUUAUUCAAGUACUUCAUCAAGACGAGAAUUCUAAUUCUCUUAAUGAAAGUAAAGACUAUAUGAAUGAACCCUCGGGUGAAUAGAUUUUGAAGGAAAAAAGAAGGCUUGCUGCUUUCAAAGCAGCUGAAACUAGAAAGAAAAAGCAAGCAUAGCAAGAACAGCAGAAGCAGCCAACUUAGCAAAACAAAAGUCAGACUAGAAAAAGAAAAAGAUGA